UCCGCCGUCGACGUCGGCAACAACAACGUCUGGAUGGAGGAAUCCCCGCCGCCGCCACCACAACCGGUAGAUGAUGCGAGCCCGCCGCCGCCUCCCCCACAAGCCUCAGGCCCGACAGGUUCGCCAACUGACUUCUUAAAAGGCGUUGUGGGCAAACGCGUCGUUGUGCGACUGACUUCUGGAGUGGAUUAUCGAGGAGUGUUGUCGUGUUUGGAUGGCUAUAUGAAUAUCGCGUUGGAGCAGACGGAGGAGCAUGUUAACGGUGCAGUCACGAACCGUUACGGAGACGCGUUCAUCAGGGGAAAUAAUGUGUUGUACAUCUCUGCGGACGAGGAGAUAUGAUGUCCUGUAUCAUUAUUGUUAGCGCCUCAAUGUGCUCUUACUGUCCUUGCUUUCUAUCGCUCGCCCAUCUACACGUCAUUCUCCUCAUCCUCUGACUACUCACGCAUAAAAUGCUCUGUGCGUAGCGUCAUACAAUUCCAUUCGAUGGCGGUGAGCUCGGUUACAACCCACGAACGCCGAUUGAUGGGCCACGGUGGCUCCCAUACGGCCGGACCGCGUAGGGAUAGUUUUGCUCUGUCUGAGAGCUCAGCAAUGAAUCAUC